CAGGGUUGCACAUGAACAUCAUGCUAACGUAAUGAAGCUCGUUUUCAGACAUGGGACGAUGCCUUCACUCCCUCUGGUGUUUCUAGCUGUGAUACUUCAUUCUGCAAAUGAGUCCAAAGGUCAAGAGCUGUUCGUUUGCAGAUCCCCAGCAAUCGCAGACAUCGUCAUUCUUCUGGAUGAAUCCUCGAGUGUCGGCGUGAUUAAUUUUCGGGUUGUUCGUUCCUUCCUGGAAUUGUUCAUCACUGCCUUCUUGGUGGGCUCUGAUAAAACUAGAGUGGGUCUCGUUCAGUAUGGCACUAAACCCAGAAUCGCAUGGCAUCUCAACGCACUGAGCACCAAAGAGGCUGUCAUAAGUGCAAUUCGGGAAUUAAAGUAUAAAGGAGGAAACACACGUACAGGUCUGGCAUUAACUUACAUUUUGGAAAAAUGCUUCACGGUAGAAUCCGGCGCUCGGCCGGCCGUACCCAAGGUUGGCAUCUUCAUUACGGAUGGCGUGUCUGAAGAUGAUGUCCUUCUACCAGCAAGACGUCUUCGAGACGCAGGAGUUGAAAUGUUUGCUAUUGGUGUGAAAAAUGCAGAUGAAAAUGAACUAAAUGUGAUCGCCUCUGACCCUCCCCAGUCCCACGUGUACAACAUACCUGAUUUUAAAAUGCUGAGCACCAUUGUGGAAAGCCUGACAAGAACUGUGUGUGACCGAGUUGAGCAACAGGACCGGACCAUUCAAGGUUCUUCAGUGACGAGUCCCAGCACCGCACAGAGUAUAUCUACAAAUGACACCACCACGAUGAUGACAGAGUCCACAGCAGUGACUACCGGCACCGAAAAGCACUCAUCUGAAUCUGAAGCCAGCACCAUGCUGAGUACGCAGUCGAGUGUGAUGGUUACAACUGGUUUUUCCACCACCACCCAAGGUUCUACAAUUGCAUUUGAAGCCGACAGAGUGACGAUGGCUGAGCUCCUGAAGGAUUCCAACACAUCCAAAGGACAACAGGACACCUGUGAUGUAGAAUUCUCUCCUGCACGUGUCAUUGUGAGAUAUGGGGACCCGGUGACUGUGACCUGCCUCACUAACCGCACGGAUUUCAGAGCCACGGGCUGGGAGGCCUCAGUCGGAUCUGUGAAACAGGAGAACAGCAGCUCGGCCGUGUGGAACGUGAGCAGCCUGACGGUGUGGGACGCGGAGCCCAAGUGCUUUAUAAACUUAAGGGCACCUCCUCGCCAGUGCAAUAAACAACUAAACCUCAUAAUUUACAAGCUUCCAGAAAACAUCUCCAUCGAUGGUCCUGAGGUGAUAGAGAAAGGAAAGAAAUUUAACAUCACAUGUGAGGUCAAAGAUGUGGCUCCCAUUAAUAACGUCUGGGUGAAGCUCUGUCGAGAUGGUGUCACGAUUAAACAGAAACGCCUGGGUCAAAGCAACGAGAAAACGCCUGAAAGUGGAAAUGUGACCUUCACCGUGUCUGCAGACAGGAAGGACCAAGGGUGGAAUUACACGUGUGUGGUGAAAAUUGAUUUUUCUUCUGACAGAAUUGAACGCUUCAACUCUUCAAGCCUGCUAAAAGUCACUCCAUAUGCUUUUGACGGAGAACUUGAGAUUCAUCUUGUAAACAACACGGAGUAUAUUGAAGUCGGUGAAAGCUUUAUUGUGACCUGUGUUCUUCGUAAUUCCUUCCCAAUUGCGGACAUUCACAUUCGGAUGUACUUCAACGGCCGUGAGUACGAUGUAAAGUUACAGAGAACACUUGAGGAGGUCUCAGCCACAGCCACGCUGGUUCAGCCCCCAAGCCUCAAUGAGUUGAUUGCCUGCACAGCCAACAUGAAGUCUUUGAGCAAAUACACUCAGAGAAGUGUUGUGGGAUACAAAUUGCCAAAGCCAGUCAUCAAAAUGCCAAACUAUGCACAUGUGGGUGAACCUGUGAUGGUCAAAUGUGAAGUGAAUGAUUCUGACACAGCUGAUGUUGUCCUACGUAUGCUUAUCCCAAAACUCAACAUUAAUGAGACAAAAGCAGCUGGCGUCCCCUUUGAGAAGACAUUCAAUGCAACAAAAUCACACAACAACAUGGAGAUCACCUGCGUAACGGAACUGGGAACUACUGCUGUCAAGAAAGACAAGAGGAUGAGCCUCACUGUUUUCUAUGAGCCGAGUGUUUCUCUCAACAAUUCUGCAAGCAUAAUGCAGAUUUCCCAUGGUGGUGACAUUAGCAUCCACUGCAUUGCUGAUGGAAGUCCAGCUCCAGAGGUGACUUGGAACUAUAAAAAAGAACCCAACGUGCAGAUAGUCAGCGCCACCAUCCUAAAUAUUAAAACAGCAACGUCAAUGAAUAAUGGAGUAUAUGAAUGCCAGGCUAAUAACAAACAUGGAAAUGCAACAAAAAGAUUCACCCUUGAAGUCACAAGUACAAGCUAUUGGCUCAUCUUGGUCAUCGUAUGUGCCAUUCUUCCAAUAAUCUUAAUUGUUCUUGCAAUCUACUGCAUAUAUAAAAGGAAACAGAAGAGGGGCAGCUACAAUGUGCGCCCAGACGGGACUGUGAUCCCAAACGGUAGGCUGGAAGAAAUCCCCUUAGCACUGGAACAGAAGCAAUCCCUGCAAAAUGGUGAGCUGUCAUAAAGAGACUUGCAGUGACCGACAAGACAGACGUCAACUCGGACACCAGAAGUCGAAAUUCCUCUUCAGCCCCAGCAACUCUUCUAUACUCAGUAGUCAGACUUAAUUGUGCUAAAUUCUCAAACUGUGCAAAGGACCGUGUUGCAGUCUCCCCAAACCCGUCUGUCACAGUAAUCCCACUCCAGUUCUUCUCCAAAAAAAUGGGAAGAACAACCAAAAAAAAGAGGGACAGGGAGCCCACUGCUGUACUCUUGGACAAAAUAAAGAGCUGGGCUUGUAGCUGCCUGGCACCUUACUGUUCAUUUUAAGAGAUCUUCAGUCACUGUUGGCUGCUGGCCGUUAUCAGCAUUUCAGCUUGUGUGGGGGGCACUCAUGAAUCUAAAUUUAAAGACGUGCACUGCUGUGCCCCACAGUCGAGCCAGGAGGAGGUGGGCACAGUCUGAUCUAGUAGUGUGCCCCCUGUGUGCAGAUCUCCUCCACCUUGAGCAGUGUGUGAGCCUUCUGCUCACUGUUUGGACGUAGAAGAGACUUCCUUCCAUUUUUGUCAUUCCAGGCUCAAGGAUCUGAUACAAGGUACCGGAAUGGGGGUCCAGGUGACCUAAGUGUCCUGUGUUUCUUUUUUGUUGGCCUAAUGAUUUUGAUGCAUUGUUCACCCUCUUCCAUUUUUUUAUUGUAAGGAGAACUGUUUUAUGCCAUAAAUGGUAAUUGUUACAUUUUAAUUAAAAUAAAAAAUACUGCUGCUUUAUUCUUGAAUCCCAGAAUACCCUCAAAAAUGAGGUUUUUGAAUAAUGAUGGCAAAGUGUCAACUGUAAAUUACUAUUUCUUUAUCCAAACAAGUCAGUCAGUCAUCACCCAACCCGCUAUAUCCUAACACAGGGGUCUGCUGGAGCCAAUCCCAGCCAGCACAAGGCACAAGGCAGGAAUAAACCCCGGGCAGGGCGCCAACACACACACACCAGGGACAAUUUAGGAUCGCCAGUGCACCUGACCUGCAUGUCUUUGGACUGUGGGAGGAAACCCACGCAGGGAGGACCCGGGAAGCGAACCCAAGUCUCCUUACUGUGAGACAGCAGCGCUACCCACUGCGCCACCGUGCCCGCCCUCCAAACAAGUACAGAUAGCAAUUGUUAAUACACAAGUGAGAAGGAAAAAACUGAAAAUGCAUAGCUGGGCAGCGGAGACUCUGAAGGUGGAGCAGAUGGCGGUUACGCUGGCAUCAAAAAAAAAAACAGUUAAAUGUUGGGUUACUUUGAAGACAGAACAAUAGAGAAUGGCGUUUGGUUUUAUGAUAAACUGUCAUGAUGUCUCUUUUUAAAACUGAGGUUCAGGAUGAAUCAGGUGACUCUCAUGCUGAUGUUAAAAACCUUUUUAAAAGCUUUAAUUAGUAACUUGCAGAAGAACAA